CGAACGCGCCACCCGGGCUCUCCUCGCUCGCUCGCUCGCGCCCACAACAAUAGCUUAUCGCUAGGGUUUCCUCUCCCCCGCCGCUGACGUCGUCGGCUUGGACGAGCUCUGGAUCAUCUCGGUGCAGAUCGUCCUUCCUCCUCUUUUUGCCGCCACGGCCGGUGCCCUAAGGCAACUUAUAAUAGAAGUACAAGCAACUUAAUCAAAUGGAGCCAACAGAGAAGGGGCAAACCAGUAUGUCCUCUAAACAAUCUUCCCAGCAGUUUUCCUCUGGCAAUCAAUCUGCACAGAUUGAUUUACUUCCCAUGUAUACUCCAAUGGCGGUUAAUUGGGGAUCGCAAGAGUGGUUUUCUGCAGAGAGAAAUUUAGUUCAAACAGGGAUGCAAGUCCCUGUGCCCCUUAAUGUUGGAUCUUAUCAAUUGUUUUCUAUCAGGAACCAACCAAUGCAGAUUGAAUCAUCAUACAGAAGUCAGAUUCCAAUGCCUAUUUUUGUUGGCUUAGAUCAGUUAUCUUCAUCAAAUAGACCGGUAUUAGGGCCACAAUCAUCACUUAAUAUCCGACCAUCUAUGUCCUCAAAUCUUGCUUCGCAGCCCUUGUCAUCUACCAAUAAGAGGCCUAUCCAGAUUCGAGCACCAACUAAGCUUCAAAGUGUUAUGCCUAUGAAAAUGGUUUCACAGUCCUCAUCCAUGAAUAAACGCCCAGCGCAGAUGGAGCUACCUCGGAAGGUCCAGUCUGAGUCAUUUGAAUCUGUGAGAUCAAAGCUACGCGAGUCACUGGCUGCAUCAUUGGCUACUGUGUCUGACCAGCAGAGUAAACAACAAAUUGGAGAAAAAAGUACUGAUGGCAAGACUUCAAGCACGGAAGCAAAAAUGGUCAUUCCAUCUGGUGAUUUGAAUUCUGAAACCAAAGAUGCUUCUUCAGAUAAAUUUGCUCGAGAAACUUUGGUAGCUGAUGGAUCUGCUCCAAAGUAUGAUGAAGUUCAAAGCUUAGCUAGUGAUAAAUCUUCCAAGGAAAAGACAACUGUCAACACUGUUUUAACAAGAUCUGAUGUCGAAGCCCUUCAAUCAAAGGAUGUUUUGGUACAAGAUGAAGUACCAAAUGACAAAUCUUUUGUUAAAGAUGAACUUUUGCAGGGUCAUGGACUCUGUUGGGUGUCUGAACUUGAUGCUGAGACUGUUGAUGAUUCAGUGACUAGUGAUCAAAAGAGACUCAAAAUGACAAAUGAACAUGAAACUGGUGGUAAGGGGACAACAGUUCAAAAUGCAGAAGAUUUGGCAUUUAGGAUAGAAGCAGAACUUUUUAGGUUAUUUGGAGGAGUUAAUAAGAAAUACAAAGAGAAGGGUAGGUCAUUAUUGUUCAACUUAAAAGAUCGUAGUAAUCCAGAACUGAGGGAGCGUGUACUAUCUGGUGAGAUUGCACCAGAGCGCCUUUGCGCAAUGACGGCUGAGGAACUGGCUUCAGAGGAACUUUCACAGUGGCGAUUGGCCAAAGCAGAAGAGCUUGCACAGAUGGUGGUAUUGCCAGAUUCAGAUGUUGAUUUAAGGCGCUUGGUAAAGAAAACUCAUAAAGGUGAAUUUCAAGUUGAAGUUGAACAAGCAGAGAGAUUCCCUGUGGAAGUAGAACUCAGGGCAAGUGUCAUCUCUCGUGUUCCUUCAAAAACAAAGGAAGAUGUUAAGAAACAAUCAAAAUCUGAUCUUAAAGAUGAUGAACCCAAGUCAUCUGAGAGAAGUUCAUCAGUUACAAAGAUUGAUUCAGGUGAUCAAAAUCUUCCUAGUGACUUAGAUAAGAAUGAUCUUAUGCAAGAACUCAUGGUCGGUGAAUUGAAAGACCCAGAGUUGCUACCUCCAAUAGUUUCUCUAGAUGAGUUUAUGCAAGCCCUUGAUUCUGAACCACCAUUUGAGAACUUGCCGGUGGAUUCCUCACAGGAAGUUCCUAGUUCUGGCUUAGAGAAAUUAGAUUGCUUGGAGACUGAGAAACUUCCUGUGUCGGACAGCAUGGAACAUAAACAAGAUUCUGCAUCUGGUAGCGUGGAACCCAAGCCGGAUUCCCCAGAAGAUGGUUCUGUGUCUAAAUUGGAAUCACCACAAGAAGGCAUACAAACAAAGUUGCACUCUUCAGAUGAUAAUUCUGAAGAUCCUGCUGCGGUUAGCCCUGAUGAAAUGGAUGUCGACCAUUCAAGGGACAAUGAUGACUUGAAAUCUGGUUCUGCUAAUAUUCAGUCAGAUACCUGUCCCACUGAAGUUGCAGCAACGGGUAACAAAAUAUGGGAAGGCUUAAUUCAGUUGAAUGUUUCCUCAGUUGCUACAGUGAAUGUCUUUUAUAAAAGCGGCGAGAAAUCAUCCACGCAGGAAUGGCCUAGCUUGCUUGAGAUAAAGGGAAGAGUGAGACUAGAUGCUUUUGAAAAAUUCCUCAAAGAGCUUCCUUUGUCUCGGAGCCGUGCAGUCAUGAUUGCCCAGUUUUGUUGGAAAGAGGGUUCCCCUGAGAGUGGACGUUUGAACCUGCUCGAGGUAAUUGACUCAUACAUUGCCGAUGAGAGAGUGGGAUUUGCAGUGGCUGCACCAGGGGUGGAGUUGUAUUUGUGCCCGUCCCGCUUGAGGACGAUUGAGAUGCUUGAGAAGUUCCUCCCGAAGGAGCAUUCUGAGACACUCCCAACGACCGCGGAUGGCCUCUUUGCCGUGGUGGUGUGGAGAAGGCCCCAUGAAAUGCUGUCUCCCAGGGUGUCAUCUCACCAUAAGCAUGGUAGUUCCAAGAAACAUUCCAGCUCUAGGAGACAACACAAUAGCAAUUCUUACUCUGCAUCUAGGUCAUCAGCAGCCUCUCUCCCGGCUGCCGAUGCUCGACUCCCGCCUGAAGAUGAUACCGAGGAUGUACCGCCUGGCUUUGGCCCCAGGGAUGAGGAUGACUUACCUGAGUUUGAUUUUGCGCGUGGCAGUUCACAGGGUUCCCAGCCUGUUGCCUCUCGGCGCCUGGGGUCGGGUGCGACCCGUUCCCGUGUACUGCCGCCGCCGGCUCGGCCGGUCGAGCACAUUAGAGAAAUGAUACACAAGUAUGGGCAAAGUGAACGUGUAAAGAAACGUUCGUUUAACAUCCAGCCAUGGAACGUCGACGAUGAUGACGACGACGACGAUAUUCCAGAAUGGCAGCCACAACAGGAUUGUCAGCCUCAAACACAAUCACUUCCACCACCACCACCAGCACUUCCUCCACCACCACCACCACCACCGCAGCAUCCACAACUGCAUGCUUAUCAGCAGCAAACGCUGCAGUCUUAUCAUGUAAACCAUCAGAUGCUGCCUUUGCAACCACAGCAACUGCCACCCCAAUCUUAUACCCCUUCACAGCAGCUUGUGCCCAUGGCAGCUUUGCCACCGGCGGUGGUGCAGCAGCCGCCCCUCCCCCCACAGAUUGCAGUCAUGCAUCAACCAAGGUGGCAGCAGGCCCCACUGUUGUCACCUGCAACUAAUCUGAUGCAGGCCACCCAAUACAACUCGCAGCCUAAUGUCGAGGGGCAAUUGUAUAGCUUGCCCAACUUAGGAACCCUACAGCAGCAGAAUCUGAUGGGUUGGAGGACAGGUGUUUUUGGUAACAGAGGCCCCUAAAAGUAGUAGUGUGAUGUGAUAAUUCCUCAGGGUCUUGUUUUGUACUGUUGUUUUAUCUCAGCCAUGGCUGACUAGGAAAUUAGCUUUUCGUUCAAUUAUGUUUUUGCUUCCUCCCCUUUGUUGGGGGCUGUUGAAAUGAUCUUAUCAGACACCGCCCUGCGUAAGCGCCAGCUAGUCAUGUAGAAAAACACUUCGAUCGAACUAAUUGUCAUGUUUGUUUCAU